UUAUUUUUACUAUUAUUAUUUUGUUAUGAAGUCUUUCCUAUGCCUGUGUAUUUAUUAUUAUUUUGUUAUUAACUUUUCCAUGUCUAUGUACAGAAAUCCAAAAUGUAUAUUUCUAGAUCGUAAGUUAUACAUGUCUACAUUGUUUUUUACAUUUUGUUCUCCAAAUAUUUUGUUUGUAAAAUUUGUUCGCUAAGCGUCAGGCCCUAGAUCUAGAUGGCGCCACGCUACCUGUUUUCAAACAACACUCAAUAUUAAGGCUACCAAAUUGGUAUUAAAUCGCAAUUCUGUGCGAUAUUUAAGAUAUUUUUUAAACCAAACCAACGAUAGUAAAAUCUUUUCAACUUUACUUCAAAAAUUGUGACAUCUACAGUCUCCUAAGGCUAAUUUGUCUAGCAUGCCAGACUUAUCAAUAGGAGUCUUAGUGCGGUUUUACCUGCAACUUUCCCAAUUAACUGGCUCUAGUCCAUUCUGGUCUUUGAGCUAGGUAGAACAGUCCGUUGAUCCGGAGAUCAGUUAGAAACGUAUUACGCAAUAAUAAAAACUGUCACCGAAUGGCGCCACAAGGAGUCCGGGAUUUUCAACCCAUUCUUAGGUAACGUUAUGAAUGGAGGGAAAUUCCAGGGGAUUUCCAGUAGAGCCGGUCAUUCAUGAAAAGCGUUGCGCACACGUGUUGUCAAUUACCUGAAUCUGCAGACCCAAACUACAGGAUCCGAUCCCUCCUGGACUUAGGUAAAUAUCCGGCGACCAGGUAGUGAGCUGGGGUUUUCCACCCGUUUUGUGAAUGAAAAUGUUGCGACGACGACGGAGGUAUAUAAGGUGAUACCACCAGACCGGGACAAUCAGAAGCCCAAGAAACCUCAAGCGAUCCGCACUUAACUGCAGCGAAGAGGAACUUUCGGAAGUAAAUCAAAAAGCAAACUAAGGAAAACCAAAACAUGGCGUUCGUACCAAGGAUCAUCUUCACCAUCCUCUGCCUAACCAGCAUUCUCGCUGGCAAUGCGCUGGGCGCAUCCAUAUCCCCGUUAUCCGAAAGCCAAGAACAAACCCCGAGGAUUGCGGAGUGCCGAGAGCUAUGCUACCGUCAAUCCAUGCCAGGAAUUACGCCUCCGCUCCUUUGCCGAUCUCGGCCAGAGUGCUACAUGUGCCACGACUAUUGCCGCGUUCUCGUGGUUGUCCAACAGAGUCUGGCCACCUCCAUGUGCGCGGAUCGGGAGUUCUGCACCCGGGGAUGUCGGGUGGCCUGCUCAUACCACCGCCUGAAGGUCUUCCAAUUCCACCAGGACACGAGUGCCAAUGCGGUGCUCAAGAAGUGAAAGCCGGAACGGCCCAGGAAGACUUGUAAAUAGUUUCUUAAUAAUUUAACUCCUAACAUAAGUGUACAGUUCGUUUAAGACUAAGUAAGAAAAUAAAAUUAACUACGAUUUAAUCA